ACACUUGCUGGCAAGGUGUUUUGCUUGAAUGCCUCAAAAGAACUGUGAAGUUACUUUAAAGCAGCAGUAUUCAAGCAGCUGUUUUAAGAGCAGGAGCAUCAUCAGGUGCAAGCACCUUGACUGCAGACAAUCACGAAACCGUAGCUGACCAAACACAGUUGGACCCAGAAGAGGAUGUGAGCCUUGCCUCUGAGGAGACAAACCUAGGGGAGCAUCUGCCCGGAGAGGAUGCUGCAGCCAUGAUUCUGGAUGUUGAGGAGAAGACCGAUUCAGUCAGUAAAAGGGAGGAGCCAGAGGGCACCGAGCCCCUGCCUGCAGGAGCAGAGGAAAGCUCUGAGCUGCCUUCUGUGUGGAGAGAGGAGGGCAAUGGGCCUUCACCUGCAGCACCAGAAGAUGUUGGGGCACCAUCACCAGGACCAGCUGAGGACAGUGGGCUGGUAGAGGGUAGUGACAGCUCUGUAGUGGAAGUCAUGGAUAAAGUACAUAUUACUGAAGAGGACCACUUCAUUGAGGGUGAGACGGGAGAACAGGUGGAAACUGAGCUGCUCAGUGAGACAGUAAGUGGAGGGCCUGAAACAAAAGAAGAAACAGGAGAAGCUGUGGAUAGUGCAGCAGCGACAGAGAUGGGUACGUUGACAGAGGAGGGAAGGACCACAUGGGUUAUUGUUUAGGAGACAGAAAAUACUGUGCUGUCCUUAAUGAGCACUUCUUGUCAUUCCCCUACCGGCAGGCAUCUGCUUUCUGCAUUUUAACAUGAGAGCAUCAUAAAUACUUUUGUUUACAUUAAGAGACAUUUUU